GGACAGAGGGGCUAUUUUAGUGAGCCACUCACAUGAGCGCUGGAAUCUAUAUAUCUACCCUCUUUCUGUCCUCCUCGUCUCAGAAAAAGACGCCUGAGAGUAUUUGUCACCUGCUGUAUAAGAUUUAACCAGGGGAGACACACACAGAACUGCAACCAUGUCUGAGGCACCUUCGAAACCAAAGCCAAAGAUUUCUGCCUCUCGCAGACUGUUCUUAAAGACCAAACUGCUUAAAAAGGCCAUGGCCAUGCUGGACAUUGACAAGCAAUCAAAAGAAGAAGAACGAGAGAGAACCCUCAACGAGAGAGUCCCAGCCCUCCAAGUGUCAGGCCUGUCUUUGCAGGAUCUACAGAAUCUUUGCAAAGAGCUACACCAGAAAAUUGAUGUGGUUGAUGAAGAGCGGUAUGACAUUAAUGCUAAAGUGGUGAAGAAUGACAGAGAGCUACAGGACCUGAAUCAGAAGAUCUAUGAGUUGAAGGGCAAGAUGAAGAGACCAGCCCUGAGGAGGGUGAGGGUGUCUGCUGAUGCCAUGUUGGGAGCUCUGCUGGGCGCUAAGGUUAAAGAGUCUGUGGACUUCAAGGCCAACCUUAAGACUGUGAAGAAAGAGGAGGAGAAGAAAGAGGAAGUGACUGACUGGCGUAAGAACGUGGACGCCAUGUCUGGUAUGGAGGGCAGGAAGAAGCUGUUUAAUGCUGGGCAGUAGAUUUCAUUGAAUUUUCUUUAUGGUGGUGUUUGCUGCUCUAAAACAGGAGGAACCACUACAUCAUACGACUGUUGUUCACUUUACAGUGACAGUGAAUAUGAAGAUCAGGUUAGCAACAGUUCAUGUUUCAAGCGUGUAAAUGACAACAGUGAACAUGUUUACCUUAAUGAUAAUUCAUAUCAUACAUAUAGUUUUUUUUUUGUACAAAAUUUAUGAUGUAUUAUGAAAAAACGUAUGUAUUUUAUAAACUAGGGCACUAUAUUGCUUGUGUAGUUCUAUGUACAAUAAUAAAAAGGCAAGAAUCAGAGAGAAUGCAGAUUGUAUUUGUCUAUAAUUAUGAGUUUGAACAAAACUCCAAUUCAUACUCUCCCAUACUGACUGAACAUUGUCUACAUAUGUGUAGCCUACUUUUUAUCAUGGCCUCAAAAGACAACAUAAACAUGGCAAACAAUAUUUACGUGUAUUCCAAAGGCAGCUAAUGUUGUGAUCCUGGCAAAUGAAUUAGUCUUCAACAUUAUGAUGAGAAGAAGCAGUGCUCUGAAUCGUAUAUCAAAUAAUAAAAUGUCAAUUGAGUUGCUCGCAUAAUCAUUGUCCUACAAUUAUUGUGGAAUGAUUUUGCUCUCCUUACAGGACUGUAAAAAUAUGUACUCUUAGAUCACAUUAUUGCCCGAUAUUGUAGGCUGUAUUGUCAAGAAUGUCUAUUGUCAAAUGUCAAAUAUUGGAACUGUUUCAUGAAAAUACUAGAUAUUGUAGGUUUUUAGCAUAAAUCUGAUGAAGCCAGGUAUUUACUUUAUUGUUUGGGGUCACAUUACAUGAAUUCACCUGUCAUUAAGGGUUCAAAGGCUAGUUCUCAAAUGGCAAAGCUUUGCCAUUUUUAGGCUGAGACUAAACUU